UGUGCAUGCUGUGCCUCCAGGCGGAGGUUGACCCGGACCUCUGUGGACCCAGACUGGAGCAGGAAGGGCUCUGUGCCCAUCUCUUUUGCCUGGACUGCUUCGUCUGUGGCCACAGCGGGGCCACCAUCAACUGCUGGCAGUGGGGCUGCAACCGCAGCUUCCACCUUCCCUGUGCCGUGAGGGGUGAAUGCAUCACCCAGUACCUUCCUGAGUACAGGGCCUUCUGCUUCGAGCACCGCCCACAGCAGGCAGUGGAGGCGACUCCCAAGAAAGACACCAGCUGCAUUGUCUGCAUGGAAGAUGUGGACAAGCAAAAGUGCUACCGCACCCUGGUGUGCCCAGCGUGCAAACACGCCUGGUUCCACAGGGUCUGCCCCAGGGGGGGAGCUCUGCGCGCUGGCAUUACUUGCUUCCGGUGCCCCCUCUGUAGAGACAGGGAACUCUUCUGCUUGGAAAUGCAAAUCUUGGGCAUCCAAAUCCCCUUCAGACGCCCAGCCUGGGAGGACAAUGACGCCUUUGCAGCACUAGGAGAGAGGCACAACCGCUGCGAUGCCAGGGAGUGCCUUUGCCCAGGAGGCAGGGAGCAGGCAGAGGGAGAGGGGCCCUGGCAACUGCUCCUGUGCCUCUCCUGCGCUGCCCAGGGCACCCACAGGAGCUGUUCCAACUGGCCGAGCAGCUCGGCCAUCUGGGAGUGCCACGGCUGCGCUGGCCUGCGCACCGACUCCAGUGCCAGCUCAGACCUCGUCAACCCCACCGCUGAGGCUAGGCCAUCAGCCUCAGGGCAUUCCCACGGCAAUCCAGAAGCGGAGACCAGCAGACGGAGGAGCAGCAUCCAGGCGGCAGAAGGGCAAUCUCACAGCUCCCUGGCACCGGAGACU